CGCGGCGGAGGAAGGAGGAGGAGCGGGAGGGGAGGGAAGGGAAAGGGAGGGAAAAGGGAAGGAGGGAGGGAGCGAAGGGCCGCGAUGCCGCUGUACGAGGGGCUCGGCAGCGGCGGGGAGAAAACCGCCGUGGUGAUCGACCUGGGACAGGCCUUCACCAAGUGUGGCUUUGCAGGAGAAACAGGACCAAGAUGCAUCAUCCCCAGUGAGAUAAAGAAACCUGAUGUCUCAAAGCCUGUCAGGGUGGUUCAGUACAACAUUAACACCGAAGAGCUGUAUUCCUACCUGAAGGAAUUUAUCCACAUGCUGUAUUUCAGGCACCUGCUGGUGAAUCCCCGAGACCGGCGUGUCGUGAUCAUAGAAUCGGUCCUGUGCCCUUCCCACUUCAGAGACACCCUCACAAGGGUCCUGUUCAAGCAUUUUGAGGUUCCAUCUGUUUUGUUUGCUCCAAGUCACCUGAUGUCUCUCCUGACCCUUGGGAUCAAUUCUGCCAUGGUGCUGGACUGUGGAUAUGCAGAAAGCUUGGUGCUACCUAUCUAUGAAGGAAUUCCAAUCCUGAGCUGCUGGGGUUCCCUGCCCCUGGGAGGAAGGGCCAUCCACAAGGAGCUGGAGUAUCAGUUGCUGGAGCAGUGCACAGUGGAUACAGGAUUAGCCAAAGGACAGAGCCUUCCAUCUGUGAUGGGCUCAGUUCCAGAAGACAUAGUAGAGGACAUAAAAGUCCGUACUUGCUUUGUGAGUGAUCUCCAACGUGGGCUGAAGAUCCAGGCAGCCAAGUUCAACAUUGAUGGCAGUGCUGAGCGUCCUUCACCACCUCCAGACGUGGACUAUCCUUUGGAUGGAGAAAAGAUUCUCCAUGUGGUUGGCCCCAUCAGAGACUCCGUGGUGGAAAUACUGUUUGAACAGGAUAAUGAAGAGACAUCUGUUGCCACUUUGAUCUUGGAUUCCCUCGUUCAGUGCCCCAUAGACACCAGGAAGCAGCUGGCAGAGAACCUGGUGGUGAUCGGGGGCACCGCGAUGCUCCCGGGGUUCCUCCACAGGCUCAUGGCAGAGAUCAGGUACCUGGUGGAGAAACCCAAGUACAAGGAAGCACUGGCCACCAAAACCUUCAGGAUUCACACCCCACCCGCCAAACCCAACUGUGUGGCCUGGCUGGGAGGAGCCAUUUUUGGAGCACUCCAGGACAUCCUUGGGAGCCGAUCCGUGUCCAAGGAAUAUUACAGCCAGACAGGCCGCAUUCCCGACUGGUGCUGUCUGAACAAUCCUCCUCUGGAAAUGAUGUUUGAUGUUGGAAAAGCCCCCCCCCCGUUGAUGAAAAGGGCUUUUUCUACAGAGAAAUAAGCACCUACACGUCACACAAGGAUCCUGCACCCUUUCAGAUACACGUGCAUUGGGUUUCGGUUUUUUUACGAAGUACUUUGUGUGUAACACUGUUAAAUAUCAGCAACCUGGAUGUUUUCAGGGAGUGUAGGCACUAACACUAUUUAAAAACAUGGCCAGUUAUAGUUUCAAAGCUUCUCUCUGGCAACUCCUGCGUUCUUUUGUCUUGUUCUGAAGAAAUUCUGCACUGUCAUGAGUUGUACCCUCCUGAGUUGUUUGUUAUUUAUCUGUAUAGUAAAAUGGCACUGCUGAGAGAA